AUGGUAGAAAAUGGAAUAAUUGAACGCAUGGAUGGUCCUAUUGAACGUGCCUCUAAUCUUGUAGUUGUUGAGAAGAAAUCAGAAGACGGUAUCUUAUAUUUGAAUAACAGGGUUAUUGUACCGCCUGUUUUGAGAGAAACCAUAUUAUCGCAGCUGCACGUGUCUCAUUUAGGCAUUGAAAAAACAAAAAAGCGCGCUCGCGAAUUAGUGUACUGGCCAGGAAUUGAUGGUGCUAUUGAGAAAAUGAUUACCAAUUGUGACAUAUGCCAGCGAAGUCGAUCCGCUAAUGUUAAGGAACCAAUGAUACCACACAGCAUUCCCAAUCUACCCUUUAAUAAAAUAGGCGUAGACAUUUGUGAAUUUGCAUCAAGAAACUAUUUAAUAAUAGCGGAUUAUUACUCGCGAUAUUUGGACAUAGCGCCGUUGAAAUCGAAAACAGCAACUGAGUGUAUCAAUGCACUUAGAACAUGUUUCGCCGUACACGGAUUACCUGUAGAAAUAAUUUCAGACAAUAUACCCUUCAAUUCAUACGAGUUUAAACGAUUUUGUGAUCAAAUUGGAGCUAAAUUAAUAACAACAAGCCCUGGUUAUUCGCAAUCCAACGGUUUUGCUGAGCGUUUCGUUGGGAUAGCAAAAAACUUAAUAAAGAAAACAAAUGAGAGUAAAAAAGAGUUAUGGCUGGCCUUACUCGAAUAUCGCAAUACACCGCUUAAAGAUAUUGAUGCUUCACCAGUGGAACUUUUAAUGAGUAGAAAAACCCGCACCCUUUUGCCAACAAAAACAACUUUGUUUCAACCAAGAAUCAUUCCGAAUAUAUCUAACAACAUAAAUGCAAAAAAUUACAAGUCAAAAAAAUACUACGAUCGUUCUGCAUCGCAAAAAAAAUCCUUUGUGAAGGGUGACAAGAUAUGGUAUAAGAACAACAAUAAGGGAUGGGUAAAAGCUACAAUCAUCGACACACACGAUUCACCUAGAUCAUACUGGAUCGAACUAGAAGACCAAACCAUUUACCGGCGAAAUUCGAAAUGGCUGCGAAAACGAUUAUAG